AUGGGCUGUGCCUCCGCCAAGCAUGUUUCUACUGUUCAAAAUGAAGAGGAAACUCAGAAGGGGAAGAACUAUCAGAACGGAGAUGUGUUUGGUGAUGAGUAUAGGAUCAAACCAGUGGAAGAGGUCAAAUACAUGAAAAAUGGGGGAGAAGAUGAUCAGAAAAUAGCAGCCAGGAACCAAGAAAACUUG